AUGUCCUGCGUGGACAAGGAUCGAUGGCCAUCGCCCAAGUGGAUUUCCUUAGCCACUCAAAGAGUGGAAAAAAGACACAAAGCAUCUACAGAAACGGAUUCCCUGCAAAAGACCGAUGCAAGGUUUAGAGACUUACUAAGGGAGAUUAAUUCGACGUACCAUAAUAGACCCCUUAACACAGCAAACAAUAAGGAAUUCGAGAAGUAUUUCCGAAAUGUUUUAUCUGCCCUAAACUUAUCCAUUUAUGACCUAGGUACUAAAAUUGAUAUUUACACAGAUUUUACAGUUUACAAUCAAAUUAGAUUAGAACUUGAAAGAGAAAUGUUUAAAAAGAAACAAGUUGCCGAGAGACUUCUUAAGUUUAAAAAUCUUUUACCAAAGUGUCGAACGUUUUUUUCAAAUCAAUUAAUCGAACUGAAGGCGAGCUUCACUAAAUCGAACUUAAUGAAAAUGGAAAUAUUACAUGAUCCCAGUCCAGAGUGUGAAAACGUUGAACUAGAAAAGAUUUUCGUUCCCCCAACUCCAACUCCGAAACCCAGGAAUUAUGAUCAAGAGCUUCAUGAUAUUUUGCAAAAAUAUAAGAAGCGUCCUUGGGGGAAAAAAAAAUAUGUAGAGUUCGACGGACAAAUAUGGAAAGUGUUCAUGGCCACCAAUAAGGAAAGCAAACAUAAAAAAAGAGAGGCAGUGGACGCGUUUCUGGCAUAUGACGACAACCGUGACAAACUGGAUAAGGCCUUGGCAAGUAGAAUUGGAAAAUUUAAAAAACGCAUUGGAACUGAAACACAUUCAGCUUGCAAAUCUGACCUAAUAAGCUUAAAUAGGAAACUAGCUCAAGCAAUGUUCAAAACCAUUCAGGAAAAACACACAAUCCUAGUCGCCACAAACUAUGUACAAUCUUGUCUCUAAAAUCAAAGGUAA